UGCGUUUGCUGAACAUGUGGGUUAGUGAGAGAAGUUCUACAAGCUAAGGUGGCGCGUUGGUAGCAUCGAAGACUCUCCGAAAGAGGUUCCUGGAUUGCUGGAGUGAUGUUAUUAAGGGUUUAAUGGGACUUGGGCCAGGUUUGACUGUGUGGCGAUGUGUGAGAUGAAUCAGAGGAAGAGCUGGGAGAUACCCGAUGUGAAGAUCAAACUCCCUGCAAAGACUACGUUACCCAGGUGGAGGAAACGGUUUGUGGCCCCAGCCACAUAUGGGAAACCCCAGCCAGGGGACCUGAUUGAGAUUUUUCGAGGGACUUACCAACACUGGGCUUUAUACAUAGGGCAGGGGAGCAUCAUUCACCUGGCUCCUCCUUGCGAAGUCGCGGGGUCAAGACUCACCUGUCUGACGUCUGUGAUGUAUGAUAAGGCCGUAGUGAUGAGAGAGGAUUUGGGCGACGUGGCGGGAAGAGACAGAUUUCACGUCAACAAUCGACUGGAUAGCGAACACAAACCCAGGAGCGUGUGUCUCAUUGUCAGGGACGCACUGAGUCUCCAGGGCCUGGAGAUGCCUUACUGCAUCCUGAGUGGAAACUGUGAGCACUUUGUUACAGAGUUACGGUACGGACAGGCCGUGUCACGACAGAUCCGUUAUACUGUGAAACUAGGCAUUCGGACAAUGUCUUUAGGAAUGAGGAUUCUGUCUACCACAACAAACUGCUCCAGUGAACAAGACAAGAAGAAGAAAAAGAAAAGUGCAUCCUAG